UUCUUUCCACGAGGGACGCACGCGAGAUAUUGUCACAUGGCAACGUCUUCAUACCAACAGCUGAGACUUGAAAAAGCUGAAAAAAUAACCACGUUUUUCGAAAUCUCUGCUUUUUUUUUAAACAACACCUGAUUCUGACUUCUUAAUAUCUUAUUCUCAAUCCCCUUUCCCUAUGAAAGAAGUUUCAAUUUAAAUUAUAAUUUAAUUACUCAAAGUAAACCUUGAAACAUCAACGAGUUGCAGUCGAUCAGAUUUCGCUUUGGUUUGACGAGAUGGUGAGCGUUAUCGGGAAAGAAAUGGUUCCAUACAAUGGUAAUCUUCACAAUGACAAUUCGUCAUCACAAAGCAGCACUUCGUCCAUUGUCAUCGAAUCGAGCAGUCCAACUGUAGAAGAUUCAAAUGCUGUUGCCAGGUUGAGUGACUUCAACAAUUCCAGCGAUUCAGAACUUUCCUUUGCACAUGAAAUGCUUGUGAAUAAACCCAAAAAACUGGCUUUGCUUCCAUCAUCUGAAGGUUUACUGUCUUCGCUAGAAGACAUUGAAGUUGGUUCUGGGACCCUUGAUUCUGCAAGCAUCAAAGAAAUUUUGACAGACCACAAGUGCUACCCACCCCAACAUGCACAUGGAGAUCCUGAACAUAUCCCAGCAACACGGGAAAAACUAAAUUAUUUCCUCAAGGCCCUUCAACUCAAAAUUGACAAGUACAACAAACUGAGCAACUGCAUAGUCCCGGAUUCUCUUAGUGACAUUCCACUAGCCUGUAGCUAUGAAGCAUUCAUCCAAUCUUAUUGGCCUGGCGCCAUGAGUUGUUGCAAGAAACAAUUCAGUACCCCACAAAAGUACAGUGAUCACUAUUACAAGUGUCAUUUGCCAAAAUUUAAAAUUCCAUCGCCACCUCUCAAUCUGAGUUGUGUCUCAGCUAUGGCACCUGAAGUAGGAAUGAAUGAAGUUGAAAUAUUGAGCAAAACCCCAUCUGCCUCCUCAUCUUCAACUGCUCAGUUGGUGGUUGGUGAUCAAUCAGACAGCAGCAGUGAUAUUGCUUCCCUUUCAGGUGAAACAAGCUAUAAAAGUUGCGUCACCUCUCAAUCCGCCACAAACUUUCAACAAACGAUCGCUUCACAAAAACCUUCCUCAAACGACAAUCAAAAUCUAGUUGAGCGGAAACGAAAGACAUUAAGUCCAACAUCUCGACCUGGUCCUUUGAGUCACAAACAAGUCAAACUUAAUCAGACUAUAGCUAAUAUUGAAUCAUCAUUAGAUUCAGGAGAUGAGAAAACCACUAAUCGACCGAAACGCGCUCGUAAGAGAUUCAAUAGUCAGAAUGCUCUUGAUAACCAAAGUGAAGAACAGAUGGAAGAACUCGAACGUGAUCAGAUGAAAUAUGAGCCCCAACAUUUACCGGGUGCGCCAGAAAACUUUGUAGCUAACGUUGAACGCCUGAAAUAUUUUAGCGAAGUACUGGCUCUCAAGUUGAGCAAGUAUGGGCAUAUGAACAUGCCGCGGCAAACCCCGUCGUCCUCUCACAUUCCACUGGCCCUCAGUUUGGCCGGUUUCAUGCAGUACUACUGGCCGGGAAAAGUCAUUUGUUGUGGACUGAUGCGAGAAAAUUGUCAGUUGUUGGAGAAGCACAUAACCCGAUCUCAUCGGCCGCCCAAACCUGUCCCCAAUAUGUCUGUUGUCAUGUCUCAAGUGGACAAGAAUGCCUUCGACGAUGAAACAACAGAUAUGGACGUACACCAAACUAAAAUAACAAACUUUCUACAAACCAAAGUAGCUAAAAAUGAGACAUCGGAUAAACCUAGUUUGAAAAGUCCCCCUGGUUUUCAAGCGGAUCAGCACAAAUAUCCUCCACAGCACAAGCCAGGAGAACCGGAAGAUUUCUGUGCCAACCAAGAAAGUAUCGACUAUUUCAUUGAAAUUUUGACUAUCAAAAGAGAAAAGUACGCUCAAAUGGCACCUAUUAAAGAGAAACCUUUGAGCAGCAACUGGAAGGAUUUCGUUUUGCAUUAUUGGCCGGGAAUGAUGGAUUGCUGUGACCAUGUCUUUGCUUCAUGCAAAGACUAUCAAUCACACUUUUCGAGCUCUCAUUUACCCCCGAAGAAGAUGCCACGUUUGAAAGUAAUCGAUGCGUCUGACAUUCCCGCUAAAGUUCCUGCACCACAAAACGAAACUGUCACUGCAACUUUUACGAAUACUGCUGCACUUGGCGUUUCUUCUGUUUCACCUCGUACUAGUCGAUCUUCUCCUCGUAAUCAGCGAGUAACUGACCGACUCUCCCUUGAACCAACUCCUUCUCGCAACGAAACGUACAGUCAGUCACUGUCUCUUUUAUCGACCCCAUCUCAUUUGCUUAUGAUCAACUCGAUCUUUGAUGAAGCCCGUCAAUUGAAGUCGCGGACUGGGCAAGUAAUGAGCAUGUCGGCUUUGCUACCCCUGCUUGAACGCUUACUGGAACUGGUGGCUUCUAUCGCGAAUCGAAUCCGUGGAACGAUGGAAGUGGAAGCCAUUUCUCAAGCCACGGAGUGCUUGGAUUAUGUGUGGACCGCUUCCAAGAUGGCGAUCCUCCGUUGGGAAGAUUUGAAAGGUCGAUCGAAUUGCGAUACUUUUCUCAACGCUGUUCAGUUUGCCUACGGAACCCUUCCGGUGUUUACCAGCUGGGAGCAGAGAAAACAUUUGGAGAUGCUAGAGAAUGUCGUUUUACUGAGUCUUAACACGGUCAAGAAUUGGCAGCCUCCACCAUCCAGCCCCGAAGCUAAAUUGACCUCUCGUCAACAGUCCAGCGUUCGCCGCCGUUCGUCCAAGCCGCCCAGGAUGGCAGAUUUAACAUUAUUGACGAAUGGAGAUCCAUCUGAGGACAAAGUGGAGGUGCCAGCGAGGAAUUCAGCAGCAGCCGCAGCACCAUCGACCUCCGACGCGCCUGUCGAUACCGGCAAAGAUGGGAAGAAGAAGAUUUCAAAUGCGGUCUUGGACUUUUGCCGUCUGGUCAACAUCUCGACGUGGCAAAACACGAAAGCUCGGAGCUUGACCGGCUACAAGGACGACAAUGGAGAAUAUAACGCAGUGUAUCGUUAUGGAAUUGGAAAAGCCAUCAAUCUUUAUUGCCCGCCCGAUGUGACACAUCUCAAAUGCUGCGGAAAAGUGUUCAAACUCUCUGAUCUUAAAACGCACGUGUCUCAAAAACACGAGGCUUAUGGACAAUCGAAUCGAACGGAGCCAUCAAUUUCGCCCGCGUGAAUGAUUUUUCGUUCGUUUGCCUGCCAACCAUCCAUUGGUAAGACAACGAUAUUAUUCAGCUUGAACAAAAGAGACAUUCGUCGACAAAUUCCGUGAUUAACAGGCGGUCCAUUGCGGGUCCUGUCGUUGUGCACGUAUUAUUUACAAAUACUCAAUUCAAAAUUAUUUCAAGUCUCAAAAAAGCAAUUCAUUAUUGUGAUCACGUUUUUGGUUCCAAAUUUUUUAAUUGAGCCAUUGUAUUUGUAGCUUUCCCACAUUCCGUUUGAACUGAUCAAGACAAAGUAGAUGUAGUUUGGUAAAAUAAACGUUUCCGAGAGA